AUGUCUUGGCAGGACGUUAUCCAACAGGGGCUCGUGGCGCGGGACUCGAACGAGAAAGCGUUCAACUUGAUCAUCGACCAUUACCGUCGCCUCGCUUCUCAAACAGCUAUCCUCAAAGAACGCAACGGCGCGCUUUUGAAAGCUGCGGGUUCGAUCGGCGGUGGCGGUGGCGGAUCGAGGACGGUUUCUGGAGGCGGAGGCGGCGGCGACUCUUCGGUAGCCCGAGCAUACACCGCCUCGCUAGAGAGUCAGUUGAGCACGUUACGCGACGAGCUAGCGAGCGUGUAUAAGACCCAGGGGCAGAACGCGCAGCGGCUGUUGGUAAUGAACGAGGCGUUGAGGGAGCGGGAGGAGCGGUCGAGAGCCGAGGUUGAGGAAACUAGAUUGUUAAGGGUCGAGGCUGCUAGACUCAGGGAGCGGGUCGCUAGCCAUGCCGAGGUCAUGCGAGAGAAGGAACGGAACGUCCAGAUCUUGCAGGAUGAGUUGUCGACUCUGCAGUUAGAGUACACCCAACAAGAACAAAAGAUCAAAGAUCUGCGAAGCGACAACGCCAGUUUACUUCAAAGAUGGCUGGAUAAGGUGCACGAAGACGCUGUACGGAUGAACGACGCGAACCAGUUCCUCGUCGAGGUGGAGAAGAAAGGACUGCCGCCCGUCGAGCCGCCCGGUUGA